GAAAGAAGCAAGCUGACAGCGUCAGCCCAAAUCUGUAAUUUCAAAAAUCCCUAAAGCUAAAACCCUAGCUACUCACUGCCAUAUAAUCUCACUCCGCCAAAUAACUUCGCAGAUCGCAGCGGCGACAACACAACCAUGGGCGCCUACACUUAUGUAUCGGAGCUAUGGAAGAAGAAGCAGUCCGAUGUGAUGCGGUUUCUGCUUAGGGUUCGCUGCUGGGAGUACCGACAGCUUCCUGCUGUUGUGCGCGUCACCCGCCCCACCCGCCCCGAUAAGGCCCGACGCCUUGGAUACAAGGCCAAACAGGGGUAUGUUAUUUACCGAGUUCGUAUUAGACGUGGUGGAAGAAAGAGGCCCGUCUCCAAGGGUAUUGUGUAUGGUAAGCCAACAAAUCAGGGAGUUACUCAGUUGAAGUUCCAACGCAGCAAAAGGUCUGUUGCUGAGGAACGUGCUGGCCGUAAAUUGGGCGGCCUAAGGGUUCUGAGUUCUUACUGGAUAAAUGAGGACUCUACUUACAAGUACUUUGAAGUAAUAUUGAUUGAUCCAGCGCAUACUACUAUCCGCAAUGAUCCAUGGAUCAACUGGAUUUGCAACCCAGUCCACAAACACAGAGAGCUUCGAGGACUCACAUCAGCUGGAAAGAAGUACAGGGGUCUCAGAGGCAGGGGCCACUUGCACCACAAAGCACGUCCUUCAAGAAGGGCCACAUGGAAGAGAAACCAGACCCUUUCUCUUCGCCGUUACCGUUGAUCCUGAACAUUUUUUGGUUUUCGAUAUACAACUGCAACUAUUGUUUGUGUUGUUGGAGUUUCGCACAAUGAUUGAGGCAGACGUUUGGUUAUUUUAUUAAAUGAGUAUUGCAGAAUUAUUGGUAUUGAACUAUUCUCUUGAAUCUUGGUUUUCAUUCGAAAUCAUACCUAUUAACCGUGUGUGGCUGUUGAUUUAA